AUAACAAUGAGUUUGAAAAAGUUAUUGUCAAAUAACUUUGAAGUGCCUGGUAUAAAGAUUUUACAUAUUAAUGAUGUACCAACUUACGUAAAAAGAAGAAGGUCGGUGCCUAGAAAAAGUCACUUUAAAACAUUAUCUACCGAGGAAGGCGCCGCGUCAUGGCGUGGUAAAAAACGUAAUAGGCCAAAGAAAAAGCCCCCGGAAACGGUGCAACAAGGGACGGCAACAAAUUCAGCAACAUCUAAGGCUAAAGGCAACAUGGUUGGCCUACCACGUGGUAACGCGGAUUCUACUCAAUCAACUACCACAGCACCAAAUAACGUACCAAAAGUUGUAGAAAGACUUGAAAACAUUGUUGCAGAAGAUUUAAGGGUGCCUAGCGUUAAAGCGGCAAGCAAGCUUCACGAUAAAGAACCUAAUGAUAGACCAAAUAACCAAGGAAAAUCUAGUAAUUCGGUUACGGAACAAGCGACUGUUAACGCAAUAGCGUUCGGAGGGCCAUGUUCUACAGCAGGUCAAAACAAAGAAGUGAAAAAGCAACAAAAACCCCUAAGAUCGAUUCUAAAAAGAGCCAAACCGAAUAUUACAUCAACCGAAUUACCAUGUAGUAAUGUAGAUAACAGUGAAGAAAAACGUAGUGACCCAACUAUAACAACACCUGUACACUAUAUUACAGUAGUCCAAGCACCGCGUUGUACGGGAGAUUUCUAUAAACAGCGACAAAAAUUGCCGAUGAGCGGAGGAAAACCAAACGCCCCGAUUAGAUUCUUACACAGAAUAGUGAAUCCAUUACUAGUCUGUAGUACAUCUGCAAACGAACAUUGCCUUGAAAACUCUUACAAAUUACAAAUUAAUCAUGGCAAACGAAGGGUAUCAUGGGCAGUACCAUUGGCAAAUUUUUCGACAGAUCUAAACGAACGUACUGAUAAAGGACCAAACAAUAUACCGGACAGAACUGGAAAACCUAAUGAAUCGACUACCAUGACAACGGGACCACACACCGUAGUUAUCACCGUAUCCGAUUUAAACGAAGGUCCAAAUGUACCCUCUAAUAUAAAGUCUAACAAUGCAUCAAAUAGAACAGAGAGGCUUGAUAAACAGAUUGCUACAGUGCCGGCUUCUAAUGCAGAUCUAAAUGAACAUGAUAGUAAUGCUCCCAACAAUAUACCAAACAGACCAGGAAUUCUUGAUAAACCAGUUGCAAAUAAUGCGACACCUUACGCUACAAUAGUCGAAUUUAAACGUGACACAAUUUCAAAUGAACAUGUACCUAGUACACCUACAGCUAAUAAAUUAGCAUCAAAUGCUUUGUUGCUUCGAAGACCAUGUUGUGAAAAACCUAAAAUUGGAUCUCAUAAUCUGGAUGGAUCUAUGGAUUUACUUUCACAAGCAAUGGCAAUCUGUUCCAUAGUACCCUCGGAUGAAGAAGCCGAUGGGUACGAGGCUGGUAAUGAAGACCUGCCAAGGGAGCAGAUUGCAGGAACAGAUGAAGUUAAUCCUAGGACCAUCCAGAUUAUGAGAUCCAAACCCGAUUCAAACAGAUAUUCUAAUGGGGAAACGAACAGUACAUCACAGAAUCAGACCCAAAGAGAAUCCAGUUCUUCAACCACCCGAAACGUGUCUACUAAUGUUUUGUUAUCCAAAAUAGCACAUUUUAUAGCAAAACAGUGCAGACGUGGGUCGAAUGAACUGGAAAGAACUAUUGCCAAAAACAUAAUACUGCAGAUGGCGUAUUUUGUAGCAAGUAGAAACAUAUCCAACAAAACGAACAAUAGACAAGAAAAUAUUUCGAAUACAACAUUUGCUCAAUUAGUAAAUUAUAUCGAAAAUCAAAAAAUGCGUGCUAAUAGUAUUUCGAACGAGCAAGGACAACCAAAUCAGCCAAGUCAAAAUAUAAUGGCUAAUGUUAAAUCCGAAGUGGUAAAUCAAAAAGAAACUUCAAAUAGGAAUACGCCUAAUGGACCAAAACGACCAAAUACUGAAACAGCAACUGCCAAUGCUACCCGUCAAAACACACUUUCUAAAGAGCCAAAAAUCCAGGCCAGUCAAAAUACGCCAAUUACAGAACCAAUGACGCCUAAUAAUGAUAUGGGUAUGGUUAAAAUCUCUUGCUCUGAUUUAAACACAAAGGAACUACUCUAUGAAAGUCCCAACGAUUUACUAAAUAGCCAAGAUGAGACUGCCGAAAAAAGACACGAUCUGAGGUCUGAUGAAACUGAGAUCGAGAGCGAAACAGGAGUAAUUGGCCAAGUUCAGGUUGUCGAGAGAAUAUCAAAUAGAGGGGAUAAAGAACAGAACCCAACAAAUUCUCUCGAGAAAAAUGCCAAAACGCCUAUAAGUAAUGAGAAAAAAGAAAUUCGAAACCAACUAGAAAAGCGAUCCCGUCAAGUGUUGAUAUCAGAAAAUGAAGAAAAAGAUUGUAGAGUUUUGGAAGGAGCUGAAGGCCGGAGACAGCAAAUUUUGGAAAAACAAUUAAAACGAAUAAAGAAAGAGAUAAAACGACUUAAAAAAAAGCAAUACGUGCGGAAGGAGGAAGACAGAUGUCAAUUGAUGCAAACAGUAGAAAACGAUAAAAAACAACAGAUACAUGAAAAGGAGAGUGUUGAUCAUCAUAUAGACAGAGGUUCAAAACGGGAAGAAGUAAAUCGUCAACAAAUAAAACUAGAGGAAGAGAAAGAAAGCACUCUUGAACAGAGAGAAGGAGGGCGAAGUGAUAUAGAGUAUGCGCGAAGAAUGAUUUUGAUAGAAAAAUUACGGGAACCAGAACACACAAGUCAAAAUCAAAACGGAGAAAAGGGCAAGGUCCAAAGAAACACAGACCCUGGAGCUUUUGCUAAAUACUUGGAAGAGAUGAAAGCCUCCAAAGAGAAAAAGAUAGAAAAAGUACGCGAUGCAAAACGUAGAAGCUUACUAAAGCAAAAGGAGGAAUACAUGAGGCGCCAACAAAUCGUAAAAGAACAACUUCUGCGUCGUGAAAAAGAAAAUCCUGAACUAAUGCAAAAAGAAAGAAGCUGUUCUAUACACAUGGCAGAGAUGGAAAAUCAGCGAAAACUGAGACAGAAAGAAAGAGAUCGUAAGAGGAAAUCUGAUGAAAAAGUCCCAGCUGAAGUAGAACUUAAUGCAAAAUUCAGGUGCUUACGAAAUACAAAGGGAGAAAACAUUGGUCGCCAACAAAUGGAAAAUGAUCAACAGCUAUGUCCUGAGCAUAAAAAACUAAAUCAAAAACACUUUGACGCAGAAGAGAGCGACAAGCAAAAGUACCCUGAACGGGCAAAAUCUGACGAGAUAAGCGAACAGGAGCUUCAUGACGUAGCAGACGGCGAUGAAGAGUAUCCUGAUCGAGCAAAGUCUGACAAAAUAAGCGAACAAGAAAAUCAUGAUCUGGCAGAGAGUAAUGAUCAGAGCGAUGAAGAAUAUACUGAUCGAGCAAAAUCUGGUAAACAGAGCGCACAAGAAUAUCAUGACGCGUCAGAGACUGAUGAUCAAAGUGACGAAGAAUAUCUUGAACAAGCAAAAUCUGACGAGAUAAGCGAAGAAGAAAAUCAUGAUCUGGUAGAGAGUGAUGAUCAAAGCGAUGAAGAAUAUCUUGAACAAGCAAAAUCUGACGAGAUAGACGAAGAAAAUCAUGAUCUGGCAGAAACUGAUGAUCAGAGCGAUGAAGAAUAUACUAAUCGAGCAAAAUCUGGUGAGCAGAGCGCACAAGAACACCAUAUCGUGUCAGAGACUGAUGAUCAAAGUGAUGAAGAAUAUCUUGAACAAGUAAAAUCUGACGAGAUAAGCGAAGAAGAAAAUCAUGAUCUGGCAGAGAGUGAUGAUCAAAAUGAUGAAGAAUAUCUUGAACAAGCAAAAUCUGGCGAGAUAAGCAAAGAAGAAAAUCAUGAUCUGGUAGAGACUGAUGAUCAAAAUGAUGAAGAAUAUCUUGAACAAGCAAAAUCUGGCGAGAUAAGCAAAGAAGAAAAUCAUGAUCUGGUAGAGACUGAUGAUCAAAGCGAUGAAGAAUAUCCUGAACGAGCAAAAUCUGGCGAGAUAGACGAAGAAAAUCAUGAUCUGGUAGAGACUGAUGAUCAAAGCGAUGAAGAAUAUCCUGAACGAGCAAAAUCUGGCGAGAUAAGCGAACAAGAAAUUUAUAUGGCAGAGAGUGACGAUCGAAGCAACGAAAAUCAUUUUGAACGAGCAAAAUUUGGUGAGCAUAAAAAAACAGAAUAUCCUGAGCUAGCAAAAUUGGAUGAGCAAAGAGAUAAAGUACAUAUUGGAGUAGGAAUAUUUGACGAAUAUAUUAAAACAGAACCUCAUGACGUAGAAGAGAGCGAUGAUCAAAGCGAGAAACAAUAUCGUAAACGUGCAAAAUUUGAUAACCAAAUCGAUGAAGAAUAUCCUGUACUAGCAAAACUUCCCAAAUCUAGCAAACCAGCAAACCAUUACGGAACGCAAACGGAUGAGCAGAGCGAGAAAGUAUUUCCUGGAACAGCAAUAACUGACCAAAGCAGUAAUCAGGAGCAUCGUCGCAUGGCAAAGGGCAAUGAGCAAAAGGAGAAAAAAUGUCAUGGACUAGCAGAAUUUGCUAGAUUUAAGCAAUAUCAAAUAGAUCGCAUUAAAGAGAGAGAGGAGCAAAGUCAGAAAGAAUAUUCUAUACGAGCAAAACUUGCGGCACAAAGAGAGAAAGAAAAACUUGGACUAACAAGAAUUGACCAAAGCAGUAAUCAAGAACAUCGUCACAUGGCAAAGAGCGAUGAGCAAAAGGAAAAAGAACAUCCUGAACUAGACAGAUUUGGCAGAUUUCAAAAAUAUCAACUGCAUCGCAUAAAAAUGUCUGAUGACGAAAGUCAGAAAGAUUAUCGUGUUCGAACAAAACUUGCAGCACAAAGAGAGAAAGAAAAACUUGGACUAACAAGAAUUGACCAAAGCAGUAAUCAAGAACAUCCUCACGUGGCAAAAAGCGAUGAGAGAAAGGAGAAAGAACAUCUCGGACUAGAAAAAUUUGGCAGAUUUCAAAAAUAUCAACUGCAUCGCAUAAAAAUGUCUGAUGACGAAAGUCAGAAAGAAUAUUCAGUACAGGCAAAACAUGCAGCACAAAGAGAGAAAGAAAAUCCGGGACCAGCAAGAACUGCCCAAAGAAGUAAUCAGAAACAUCGUCACAUGGCAAAGAGUAAUGAGCAAAAGGAGAAGAAAUAUCAUGAACAAGCAGAAUUUGCUAGAUUUAAGCAAUAUCAGCUGAAUCGCAUGAAAGAAAGAGAGAAGCAAAAUCAGAAAGAAUACUCUGUACGAGAAAAACUUGCCGCACAAAGAGAGAAAGCAAAUCCUGGACCAGCAAGAAUUGAUCAGUGCAGUAAUCAAGAACUUCGAAACGUGGCAAAGAGUAAUGAGCAAACGGAAAAAGAACAUCCUGGACUAGCAAGAUUUUCCAGAUUUCAAAAAUAUCAACUACAUCGCAUAAAAAUGUCUGAUGACGAAAGUCAGAAAGAAUAUUGUGUUCGAGCAAAACUUGCAGCACAAAGAGAGAAAGAAAAUCCUGGACCAGAAAGAACAGACCAAAGUAGUAAUCAGGAACAUCGUCACAUGGCAAAGAGCGAUGAGCAAAAGAAAAAAGAACAUCCUGGAUUAGCAGAAUUUGCUAGAUCUAAGCAAUAUCAAAUACAUCGCAUGAAAGAGAGGGAGAAGCAAAAUCAGAAAGAAUAUUCUGUUCUAGCACAACCUGCCACGCAAAGAGAGAAAGAAAAUCCUGGACCAGCAAGAAUUGACCUAUGCAGUAAUCAGGAACAUUAUCACGUGACGGAGAAUGAUGAGCAAAAGGAGAAAGAACAUCCUGGACUAGAAAGAUUUGGCAGAUUUCAAAAAUAUCAACUGCAUCGCAUAAAAAUGUCUGAUGACGAAAGUCAGAAAGAUUAUCGUGUUCGAACAAAACUUGCAGCACAAAGAGAGAAAGAAAAACUUGGACUAACAAGAAUUGACCAAAGCAGUAAACAAGAACAUCGUCACAUGGCAAAGAGCGAUGAGCAAAAGGAAAAAGAACAUCCUGAACUAGACAGAUUUGGCAGAUUUCAAAAAUAUCAACUGCAUCGCAUAAAAAUGUCUGAUGACGAAAGUCAGAAAGAAUAUUCAGUACAGGCAAAACAUGCAGCACAAAGAGAGAAAGAAAAUCCGGGACCAGUAAGAACUGCCCAAAGCAGUAAUCAGGAACAUCGUCACAUGGCAAAGAGUAAUGAACAACAGGAGAAAGAAUAUCCUAGACAAACGAGAUUUUCCAGAUUUAACAAAUAUGAUCAUCAUUGCGUGAGAGAAAGUGAUGAGCAAAGUCGGCCAAAAUAUCCUGUACGAGCAAGGUUUGCCGAGGAAAUACGAAAACAAUAUCUUAAACCAACUACUUAUGACCCAUUCAAUAAUCAAGAACUUCGUAAUGUGGCAGAGAGCGAUGGGCAAAGGCGGAAUGAAUAUCCUGGAGAAGCAAGAUUUGACCAAUUCAUGAAUCAAGAACACCGUCAUAUAGGAGAGAACCAUGAGCAAAAGGAGAAAGAACAUCCUGGACUAGCAAGAUUUUCCAGAUUUAGUAAACAACUACAUCGUUACGAAGCUCAGAGCGAUGAGCAAACGCAGAGAGAAUAUUCUGCACGAGCAAAAUUGAUUGAGCAAAGAGAUAAAGUGCAUCUUGGAGUAGGAAGAUUUGCGAAAUACAUUAAAAAGGAACCCAGUGACGUAAUAGAUAGCGAUGAGCAAAGUGAGAAACAAUAUCGUAAAUGUGAAAAAUUUGAUGAGCAAAUCGAUGAAGAGUGUCCUAGAGCAGGAAGAUUUAGCCAAUUCACGAAUCCAGAAAAUCGUCACGUAGUAGAGAGGGAGGAGCAAAGCGAGAAAGAAUAUUGUGAACGUUCAAAAUUUGAUGAAGAAAGCGAUGAAGAAUAUCCUGUACUAGCCAGAUUUUCCUUCAAUGUUGAGUGA